CCUCUCACUAGCCAACAUAUAGUAAAUAAACAAAUAUUAAAGAUAAAGAGAAGGCAUUCUUCGCAUCUCUCUUCUCUCUCCGCGUUCUUAUCAGUAGCAAGCUCGGCACGUCAUUGCACACUGCGACACCGAGCCGAGCGCGAGCCUCCCGUCCGAGAAGUCCAAAUCUUCAUCUCUCCCCGACGCAUGCCCGGACCGACCGGUCCAGCUCUACCCACCGGAGGAGGAGGAGGCAGAUCGACCGGCAGCUGACUAAGGUGGAUCCGCGGCGGAGGCAUGGCAAGAGGCCCCUACCCGCCGACGAGGAGGAAGAGGAGGAGGAGCUGCCCCCGGGCCCGCCGCCGCCGCCAAAGCACGAGCAGCUGGAUCAGGAGGAGCCGCACCACGUCGACGUCUCACAGCUGCAAGCAGGAGCCACCUUUAGCGGCGGGGGGCCGUCGUCGUCGUCCGUCGUCGUCGGCGCGGCAGCCGCCGGCCCGUCGCCGGAGGCGUACGCGCAGUACUACUACUCGGCGCGCGCCGACCACGACGCCUCCGCCGUGGCCUCCGCGCUAGCCCACGUCAUCCGCGCCUCGCCCGACCAGCACCUCCCGUCGCAGCAGGCGGCGGCCAUGCUGUACGCCGCCGGCGCCCCAGGGCUGCGGCAGGGAGAUCAACCGCAAGCGGCUGCGCACCACCAUCCCGGUGGCCACGUCGCCGCCGCCGCCGAGGAGGAGCAAGCAGGUCGGAGGCGGCACUACCGAGGGGUGAGGCAGCGGCCGUGGGGCAAGUGGGCGGCGGAGAUCCGGGACCCUAAGAAGGCGGCGCGGGUGUGGCUGGGCACCUUCGACACGGCGGAGGACGCCGCCAUCGCGUACGACGAGGCGGCGCUGCGGUUCAAGGGCACCAAGGCCAAGCUCAACUUCCCGGAGCGCGUGCAGGGCCGGACCGACCUCGGCUUCCUCGUCACCCGCGGCAUCCCGGCCGACCACCAUCCGGCGGCGGUGACGCUGGCAGCAAUGCCGCCGCGGCACCAGCACGGCCACCAGACAGUCGUGCCGUACCCUGACCUCAUGCAGUACGCGCAGCUGCUGCAGGGCGGCGCCCGGGGCGGCGGUAGCGGCGGUGGUGACCACGCCGAGGCGGCUGCGGCGGUCCAGCAGGCGCAGCAGCAGCUCAUGAUGAUGGGCGCGGGCGGCCGGGGCGGCGUCACCCUGCCCUUCUCAUUCUCGCCGUCGUCGUCGUCCUCGUCGGCAACGCAGAUACUGGACUUCUCCACGCAGCAGCUCAUCCGGCCCGGCGGCCUCGGCCCGCCGUCGCCGGCGGCCGCGGCAAUGUCGUCGUCGUCGGCCGCUGCUGCGGCGCCGUCCACGCCGUCGUCCACGACCACAGCAGCGUCCUCGUCGUCGCCCAGCGGCAGUGCAUGGCCGUACGGUGGGGAGCACCACAGGAAUAGAAAAGACGCGUGAUCGACCGAUCGAGCUGGCUGGCUGGCCGGGGGAUAUGCAUGCAACUUGCAAUGCCAAGGGAGAGAGGAUCAGAUCAACAAGUAGGUGUAUGGACGGAGGAAUGGAAUAUGCAUGCAAUAUGGCCGGCGCGGGCGGGGUAAGUGGCAGCGACGAUUUUUGGUGCAAACAUUUGCAUUUCUUGGCCCUUUAAUUUCCACGUGGAUAUCUUUUUUUUUCCUGAAAUGAUCUUCUUUUGUUCAUUUCUUGGAGGAUCUACUUCAUCACUGGAUUAGAGAGAGAGAGAGAGAGAGAGAGCUAGUUAGGUAGCUGCUGCUAGGAGCUUGCUACUACUACCUUUUCUUCCUUUGCAUGUCUAAUGGUCUCUGCUGCUCACAUCUUUAAUUUUUGUUCAUCAAGUGUCAACUAAUUAAUUACUUGUGCAAACUAAUUAAUCCAAAGCAAGAAGAGAGGAAUCUUAUUGAUGCAAUAUAUUGGGCACCCAUGCUUUUUAUUUC